AACAUAUUCCGUGACAGAACCCACAACUGUCGUGAUCUGCUUCGUCUGCGACGUUUUGUACUGGCUGUUCUGGCUUACACGGGAGCUGCAAAAGUUUCGCUCAUCACGCAUAGUAUGGGCGUGACAUUAGGACGGAAAGCUAUCAAAGGAGGAACUGUGAACGGAAACGAUGGUGAGAAUCAGUUCUCAGCCGCAUGUAACCUCGGCACUCCAUUAACCUCGAAGGUGGACGUGUUUCUCGGAUUGGCUGGAGCUAAUUUUGGUCUUUGUGCAUGCGAAGGAACUGGAGCACUGGAGCCGACAUGCAAUAAGCACAAUGGAUUUUGGCCAGGAGACAGCUGCGGUCUCAACACUCUGACUUGUGGGAUUGUCACCGUUGCCAUUCCCAUGCAAUGGUCCAACUUACUCGAGUUUGUUGAUGAGCAUGAACUCUGA